CUUCACUUUAAAUCUUCAAACUCACCUUUUAGUCUACCAGGUAGAUACCUUGCCUAUCUGUUUAUACUAUUCUACAGAUAUUAUCUUCAAAAUGCAGCUCAAAGGUCUCGAACGGCUAGAGCUGCCGCCGGCAGCAGAUAUGCAUGUUCACUUACGACAAGGAGAGCUUCUGGAAUUGAUGGUACCUACCGUGCGACGAGGCGGAGUUGACACUGUCUUUGUCAUGCCCAAUCUUGUGCCUCCCCUCACAGCAGUCGACCAGGUGCUUGAAUACCAAUCGAAGCUACGCGCCCUUGCUCCGGAUGUUAACUUCCUAAUGUCACUCUUCCUUCAUCCCUCAGUCACGCCUGAAGUCAUCGCCCAAGCUGCAGCUGCUGGCAUUACUGGUGUGAAGAUGUACCCACAAGGAGUAACUACGAACUCCGAAUCUGGCGUCUCGAACCUUGAAGCUUUCUACGCCACAUUUUCUGCUAUGGAACAGCACGGAUUAGUUUUAAAUCUACACGGAGAAGUCCUAGAAUCUCUUGCGCCAGCAGACACAACACUAGAGGAGGCAUUCCUCCCCACGCUAAAAACUCUCCAUGAGAGGUUUCCACAGCUGCGCAUUGUGCUUGAACAUUGUACUACUGCUGCGGCCGUAGAAGCUGUAAAAGCUUGCGGACCUACCGUUGGUGCAACUAUCACUGCCCACCAUUUAUAUCUCACCUCCCAUGAAGCUUGCUGCGAUCCCUUCGCCUUCUGUAAGCCAAUUCCAAAGAAGCCCACGGAUAGAGACGCACUAGUCAAGACUAUUGUCAGCGGCGACCCAAAAUUCUUCUUUGGGAGCGAUAGCGCGCCUCAUCCCCUAGCAUCCAAGACCUCCGCCGCACAGGGUAAAGCACCAGCAGGAGUAUACACGCAACCAUACGUAACACAGCUUAUCAUUCUAGCCCUCGAAGAGGCAAUUGAGCGCGGAGUGAUCACGGAAGCAGAUGUGACCCAGGAGAAGCUAGAGGGUUUCCUUAGCCGGUUCGGUCGGCAAUUUUACAAGUUGCCCGAGGGUUCGGGUAAGAUUAUACUAGAGAGAAAGGGAGAGAAAAUACCCGCAAGCGUGCGAAGCGAAGACGGGGAGGUCGAGGUAGGAAUUUCUCGGGCGGGAGCUGAAGUAUUCAGCUUAAAGUGGGAGGCGUGAUAGAAUAGAUGAGACUCGUAGUCCAUAAGGUUAGAACCAGGGAAAGAAAAAAUGGCAUUGCCUUCGCUAUCUAAAUUAAGGUAUGAAUCACAUCAUCAUGUUAACCCCAGACCUAGGGCCGAAUUAAAUCUACUCCAAUCUAAAUCUAUUCAUUCGCUCGC